AUGCUCACUUCUCGCUCUCUGCCAUUUAUUUUGCUGCUCGCACCAUGGCUCGUCUCAGCUGCAUUGUUUCCGGCUAAGACUGAAGUCAAGUUAAUCGACGCCAAAGGGUUCAAAAAAGUCAUGAACCAGAACGUCACAUCUGUCGUUGCAUUCGUGGCUCCUUGGUGUGGUUAUUGCCAGAGGAUGGCGCCCGAGUACAGCAAGGCUGCCGAGGCACUUGCUCCCAUGGUACCACUCUACGCCGUUGACUGUGACCAAGACUCCAACAAGCGUUUAUGCUCAGAACAAGGCGUGCAAGGAUUUCCCACUGUGAAAUUAUACCCACGCGGUGGACGUUCGAAGCCGCUGAGUUACGAAAGCGGGGAACGAACUGCCACUAACUUCUUCUAUUGGGCGAACCGUAACAUCCCUCACGCGGUCAGGCGGCUAGACAGUGUCUCUCAAAUCUCCGGUUGGACUGACGAGCACGCUGCUAAGCCACGCGCCCUCCUCCUGAGUUCCAGUAAAGACAUUCCCUUGAUGUGGAAGGCACUUGGGAACAAAUACAAGGACACCAUUUCCUUCGGCGUUCUCCAGGACAAGAGCGGCAAGCAAGCAUUGCAACUAGGAGUGGAAGACAGUCCUACCAAAGACUCGAAGGUGCUCGUUUACCCUCCGGAGUCGCACAAUUUCGUUCGCUUUGAAGGGACCCUGAAAUACAAACCACUGAACAAGUAUCUCGGUUCCGUCGCAGAUGGCACCGCUGACUUUCCCAUGCCGCGCGAAGAGACCCAAGACCCGUUUGUGACUGCGGACCCUCCUGCUAGCACCGUUGCUCUUAGAGACGCGACGCGAUCGGGGUCGGCGAUCUCUUCAACUACCACCUAUGUUUCCUCUGUACCCGGCACUGGUGUCGGUGAACCCGAGGCGACAGAAGCAGCCCCAGAUGAAAGGGAAGCGGACGAGGCACCCAGCGCUAUAAAGGAUACGACCACCGUCGAACCUUCAAGUGUUCCUGAGGCGGCAGCCGCUACAGGUCCAGAAGUGGAGGAGGGUGUGCGUUCGGACCAUCCCAAGGAUGAGCUGUAAAGAUCCGAUCCGUUUCUUGUGUAAACAUUGCAACUUCUCUGUGGAACCUUUAUUCACUCGUUAUUUCGAUCUACCGUCUUCCGCAAGUCUUCCGCUAACCCA